AUGAUGGAAAGUGACAAGGAAGAAGCAAGAAGAGCAUUGGAAACUGCAGAGAGGAAACUAUCAGAGAACGAUUACAAUGGUGCGAGAGAAUUCGUUUGGAAGGCUCAUAAACUGUAUCCAGAGCUCGUCGGUUUGGAACAAGUCUUGAUGAUAACACAUGUUUACAUGUGUGGAUCUGAUUGGUAUGGGAUCCUCGGAGUGGAUCCUUUAGCUGACGAUGAAACUGUGAAGAGACAGUACAAGAAGCUAGCUCUUUCGCUUCAUCCAGACAAGAACAGGUUUCAUGGCGCGGAAGGUGCGUUUAAGCUGGUUUCAGAUGCUUGGUGUCUAUUAUCCGAUAAACCUAAGAGACUAGCGUACGAUAGAACAAGGAGAUGGAAAGAAAGUUAUCAGAAGAAGAGCGAUUGGCCAAAAAACGAGCCCGCUUCUUCUUCCUUUUCUCCUUCUUCAACUUCAGCAUAUCAUCAUCAAGCACAAGAAAGAUGGAAACAAUGGGGUAAAAAGUUACGAGAAGAUACAAAGCCACAAAAAGAGCAAGCUUCUUCAACUUCAGCAUCUUUUGAUUACGCAAAAGCUGCAGAGCGAUCACAAGAAAGAUGGGAACAAUGCUUGAAGAAUCAAGAGAAGAUGUCGAUGCAGCAAAGAAGAAAUAGCAAUAUUUUGCACCAAAAAAAGGGAAAAAGCAAUAUUAAAAGAGAAGAAGAAUUAAAACAAAACAAAAUAGAAGAAGAAGAAGACGAGAUGAACAUUACAAUAGAAGAAGAAGAGAUGAUGUUUUAG